GUGGGAAAACCAGAGAAACCCAUCAUGACGAAAGAGUCGAAGAAGAACAAGGAAGACCGUUAACAAAUGCUUGUAAUUAAAGUCACAAGUUGUCAUGCGUACUUCGUAUGAUAGAAGGGAAGUGCCCUCAUAACAGCCGCCCUGUGGCUGUCUGUGUCCCGCACUCUCCGCUACACCUCUGUCCUUCAUGCCGUUUGCGCCCUAAACUGUAACUUAACAGUUGGUAAAGUCAACUUUAGUGGCGCAACUUGGUUCAGAUGGAUUUAUCCCAGUCGUUAAUGAAUCCGUAGGAGAGUCUUUCCUAGAUGUUUAGUUCCAAUGAGUCGACAGCACAGCAUUACCAGCGGAGCGUUACACAGCCUCAAUACAUGUAUCGUUAGGGCGAGUAAGAACACACCAUGGCAGACAGAAGGACUUUCAACGUUGUGAUUUUGGGUGUGGGGUUUUUGUUCAUUUUUACCGCCUUCACCACCUGUGGGAACGUUGAACAAACUGUAGUGAAAAGCCUGCAGAAUGGUACUUUCAGUGGGAGUGGCUACCACAGCCUUGGAAUAAUCUAUGGGGUUUUUUCGUUCUCCAAUUUACUCGCGCCAACAGUCGUUGCAGUAAUUGGACCGAAAAUGACUAUGUUUUUGAGUGGCCUUCUUUACAGUGGGUACAUUGCUGUGUUCAUCAUCCCUUCAACAUGGUCCUUUUACCUGACCUCUGUACUGAUCGGCAUAGGAGCAGCCAUGCUCUGGACAGCUCAGGGACACUUUCUGGUGGAAAACUCUGAGGCUUCCACCAUCAACAAGAACACAGGGAUGUUCUGGGCUCUCCUACAGUGCAGCAUGCUGUUUGGCAACCUUUACAUUUAUUUUGACUGGAAUGGAAAAACAGAGAUAUCAGACAGCAGCAGGAAAAACAUUUUUCUGUCCCUGUUGGUCGCCUCCAUACUCGGCACACUCAGCUUCCUGGUGUUGAGAAAGAGCCAUCAUGAAAACGAGAUGCUCUCUGAAGAGGAAGGGCAGCCGCUGCUCUCAACUCCUGGGAUGUAUAAGCACAGAGCAAACACCGCCAUGCAGGAUGCCAAAUCAGAAUUCAAAACCAUCCUGCAACUUCUGAAGACCAAAACGAUGCUGCUUCUGAGUCCCUGCAUGGCAUACACCGGCCUGGAGCUAUCUUUCUACAGCGGAGUGUAUGGGACGUGUAUUGGAGCAACUGCACAGUUUGGAGAAGCAGCUAAAGGCUUGAUUGGCAUCUCUGGGAUUGUGGUAGGCAUUGGAGAAAUUGUGGGUGGAGGCCUGUUUGGAUUGUUGUGUAAGAACAAUCGCUUCAGACGGACCUCGGUGGUGUUUCUGGGAAUGGUUGUCCAUUUCGUUGCUGUCUAUUUGAUCUUCCUCAACAUUCCAGACGAUGCCCCGGUUGUCUUUAGUACCACCACCCAACAUAAACCAUAUCUAACUCCAAGUGCAUCCAUUGCCCUGCUGUGCAGCUUCUUGCUUGGACUCGGGGACAGUUGUUUCAACACACAGCUCUACAGCAUAUUAGGCUGUGUUUAUGCUGGACAAAGCACGGCUGCUUUUGCCAUCUUCAAAUUCAUCCAGUCGGUUUUUGCAGCAGUGGCGUUCUUCUACAGCGGUUACCUCCUGUUGAAGUGGCAACUCCUGCUGAUGGUCAUCCUGGGCUUCUCUGGAACGCUGUGCUUCUUCGUGGUGGAGAGGAUGCAGAACUUCUCCGUAGAUUUGCAGGAAUAUUAGAAAGAAGACAUUUCUGUAUCAGCGUUGAUCGUUCUUUAGGAGGAACUAGGGUCAUCAGAAAAACAAUCCUGUCCUUUUCAUAUCACGAGGGGUUAUUCUAAAAUAAACGGUAUGUCAUACAUA